GCUAUCCCUGCUUCUCCCUCUUUGUCCGGUAGCGGCAGAAAGGCCGUCAUAAUUAUGACAGAAAUUUGCGUUUUUGAAUGAAUUAUAGUUGAAUGGUGGAUCAACAAGCACACGCCGUGUGAGGACUGGUUUGCUGGCAAUGACACACCAGCGAGUUUCAAUUUAAAGGACAGCAGAGCAAGCAUCGGAGAAAGGUCAUAUUAGCUAAUGGCUUCCGAAUCGGGGAGACUACUGGCGGGACAAGGAAAACGAAAAGCUUCACAGAUGAAGAGCCCGGAGAAGAAGAAGGCCAGGAAAUCCUCCACGCAGGCGGCGGGGUUCUCCCACCUCACUGAGUUUGCGCCUCCACCUACGCCCAUGGUGGACCACCUGGUCGCCUCCAACCCAUUUGACGAUGACUUUGGACCUCCGUCCAGACCCAGUGGGGCAGGUGGACCAGGUGGGGCUCCGUUUCUCCCCAAUCCAGGUGCCGGUGGAGGAGGUGGGUAUGGAGGUGGAGGCAGAAUGGGUCCAGGCAUGAACUUCAUGGGAGGCCCUAGUGGACCGGCAACUGCUCAGCCUGGACGUAGACCACCCUUCGGGCCUCCAACCAACGCUGGACCGCACCACCAGUUAGGCUUUGGAGGAAUGCCAGGCUUUGGAGGUGGAGGAGGUGGUGGAGGAGGAGGAGGUGGUGGAUUUCCUCCUGGUGGCCCGUCUCAGUUCAAUAUGCAACCAAACUUCAGUCCACCUAUGCAUCCUGGGCCAGGAUUUAAUUCCAUGUUGUCUCCAGGGGGAAUGGGGGGUCCUGGCGGAGGUGGGCCACCCCAUCCUCGUUUUGGCAUGCCCCCACAGCAGCAGCAUGGACAGGGAGGGCACCCGUUCAACAGCCCACCGUUGCCUGGAGGUGGAGGUCCUCGCGGGCCCUUGCCUCCUAUGGGAGGAGGUAUGGGUCCUGGAAUGAACAUGAUGGGUGGCAUGGGUGGUGGCCCUGGUGGCAACAUGGUAGGAGGAGGGUUGCCCGGUAUGCCCCCUCAAGGACAGUUUCCUCCCUCACAGGAUGGCCCCUAUCCAGGCCCCAGUCCGCCAGGGCCUGGCAGCGAGGAUGGAAAGCCCUUUGGUGGCGGAGGGGGCCCACCUGGGCCUCCACAGCAGCAGCAACAGCUUAACAUGAAUCCCAACGGACCCCCCAAUAACAACACUACACCCGGCCCUCCUUCUAACUCUGGGCCUUCACAAGCAGGGGGAGGCUUUCCUGGCCACCCUGAUGUCCCACAACCCAGUGCCAACACACCUGGUCAGCCUCCGUCAGCUCCACCACAGCCCAACCCCAACUCUUCUCCCAGCGGCCCCCUAAAUGGAUCAGGUCAAUCCCAGCAUCCCCAGUCCGGUCAGCUACAGCCCCCCAACAAUACAAAUACCCCAAACUCCAACAACUCCAAUCUGCAGCAGCAGCAGCAGCAAUCAACUCCACCAAACUCUACAGGGUCCUCCUCUUACAACCAGCAGAACAACACUCCUGGUUCUGGCGGUCCCCUGUCCAAUGCUGCCUCCAACUCAAAUCAGAAUAACAUAACAAACAACAACGGAGGCAACACUCCUGGCAGCAACCCCAACCCCCCUUCAAACUCCACCUCAACUCCUAACACCCAAUCUCCCUUGCCUCCUGGACCCAACGCCCCCACAACCGGGCCCAGUUCAGGUCCUGGAAAACUUGGUGGGCCCGGUAUGGUUUUCCCUUGUGGGCUGUGUAUGGCGGAAGUACAUGACGACCAGGACGCCAUCCUUUGCGAGGCUUCCUGCCAGCGCUGGUUCCACCGUGACUGCACAGGCCUCACAGAACCGGCAUAUGGGCUGCUGACCACAGAGAGCGCCGCCGUUUGGGCUUGUGACUUCUGCAUCAAGACCAAGGACAUACAGGCCGUGUUUGUUCGCCAGGGUUUAGGCCAGCUGGUAGCGGCUAAUGAGAGCUGAGCAGCAUUGAUCGGACAAACGGACUCGGGUCGAACUGAAUGACCUGCGUGCCACGUCAGCUUCGUCUUGGCCAGGCCUUUACUCGUUCACUACACAAAAGCGACACACUCAUCAACUUUCAUGCUUAUACAUAGCACUCUGAGUGACUCUAGGCAAAUAAGUUUUCCUUACCCCUCAAUUGGAGUUUAAAAUCAUGAUGAAUGUUACCCACACGCUCCUUGAGAAAUCCGUCUGCCAAUCAGCAAAGCACUGACACCAACACACUACCUCAAACAGCUUGAGACUGACUGGCACAGAAACUCCCGCACUGACUGACUGAAUCGUGUGUGUGUGUGUGUGGUGUUAUUUCCAGCUCACACACUCGGAAAGUCAAAUGAGGCGGGGAAUGUGAUGUUUAAAUACUCACUUUGUACUGCUAUGAGUUGAGAAGAUUAUUGAUUUUAAUUAGGAGAAACCCUGGAACAGCUGCCAGAAGAAAUCAGAUUUCUUACUCAGUUUGGAAAAGACUGAAAUUUGGUUUAUGUAUUUUUUGGGUCUGGUUAAGGGAGAAAAAUGAAAUUAAGAAUACAGAGAAAUGUUUAUAUUUCCUUCCUCUGUCCAUCAUUGUAUCCUUGCCUUCCUUCCUUCUCUUUCCUUUCUUCCAUCCUACUUUAUGUCCCUCCUUCAAGCCUUUUUUUUUUCUUGUCACUUCCUACUUCUGUUGCUCUUUGUCUUUCCUUCCCAGUUUUUUUCCUGUGUCCUUCCUUCCUCUCCUUUCAUAUUUACUUCUGCCCUUCCUUGUGUCUUUUAUACUUCCAUCCUUGUGUGACUUGACCCGUUCCAUCCUACAUUGUGUUCUUCUCUAUAAGCUUCCUUCUUUUGUCCCGUCUUUUCUUGUAUCCUUCCUGCUUUCUUUCCUUUCUAUUAGUCUGGUUUUUGCAGGUUCCUUAUGUUCCUGAUGCCUGAAAAAAUAUCUGCCAUAAAUUAAAAGUGAAUUUUACUGUUUAUAUCUUAAAAUGGGCUAAAACGACUGGGAGCUUUAGGAAAUAAAUUACCUAAAGAUUUGUAGGAACCCUGUAUAACGUUCUCAUGAAUUCACAGCUUAACUUUCUACUGAAAUGCUUCAGUUCACCACUGCCCUUUCACAUUGUUGGCCUUUUACUGCAAGCAAGGGUAAAAACUGAAAUCAAUAUAUCAGCAGUAUAAACAUGUCAGUAUUAAGUGUAUUGUGGAACCUAAAUCUUACAUUCACUCGCUUCAGCCCUACUUGUUGCAUCAUUCUGUACCCAGAGCUGGUUAAUCCAAAGGAGUACGCGGUCUGGAUCUAAUCCACGUUUCACAAAGGAUCUCACCACCAAAAAGAAGAAAGAAAACAUGAAAAAAUACAAACUUGUAAAUAUAUGGACAAAAUAUUUGUCUAGAGUUCCCAUCACUUGUGAACAAGUCGCAGAGUCAAACCAGUGAACAAAAAAGAUGAGUUGAAUUUACGUGUCUUUGGUUGUAUACAUGGUGUUUUGGUUUUUAUACAGUUUUUUUUAAUCUGCAGUACUCAUGAAAUUGUGGAUCCAGUGCUUUUGGAUGGUGUUGGCAUAGCAAGUAGUGACAUCAUGUCUCUUAUCACGAUGUGCAUAGUCCUUAAAAGCCAAUGAAGGGAGAUGCAUGCGAUCCAAUGCUGUAAGUGUCGAUUAUUUUCAGGAUUCUGCACUGCACCUCGAAGUAGACCAAAUAACUAAAGAGGAAAGAAAAAUACCCGUUUUUACAUUUCUUUCGCGGUAUGAGGUGUUUAUAUCUUCUUUCUUGUCAUUUUUCUUUAUCACAUGUCCAAGUUGCCUUUCUUUUCAUGCUCACAGUCGUUUGUUUUUGUUCUGUUCUGCUAUUUGUGCUGUGCUCUUGCUCUGCUCUGGUGCCUCCUGGUGGAACCAGCGAGUACUACAUGCGGUGGGGGAAGGAGAGGUACUAAACUGAAGUAAAAACAGUUUUUUGUUAUCUUG